CUCACUGGGGUGGCUCCACUUUGCAUUUGCACUCAACUACUUUGCUGCCUCCUCUGCAGCUGCCGGACCUGCUUCUGCUGCUGCUCAGGGAGAGCAUCUGGGGAUUACCUUGCAGACCACUGAGAAGAUGAGCUCAAGCUACUGGAGUGAGAUGAGCAGCAGCAGCUGUGGGACUCAGCAGUCCCCAGAGGUGCUGCCAUGCCAGCCCCAGCAUUACCACUGCUACCGUCAGUCAAGCCAAGCCCAGCAGCCUCCAGAAAAAAAUGUAGUGUACGAGCGAGUGAGGACUUACAGUGGGCCCAUGAACAAGGUGGUUCAGGCUUUGGACCCUGUCGGCUCAGGAGAAGUGCUCUCCCCUCUCAAAACUUCCUCCUCCUACCAAAGCUUGGUUUGGAGCGACCAUUCCCAGGAACUUCAUUCUCCAACUCUGAAAAUAUCUACUUGUGUCCCAGGCACUCUACGUAUAACCCCAAAUACUGAACAGGAACUCCAUUCUCCAACAGUCAAAGUUACUACAUAUCCUCAAACUACUAUAAGACGAUAUAUAGUGCAAAAUCCUGAACAGGAACCUCUGUCGCCAUUCCUAAGAGGAGGCCAUUUCUUUCCAGGAAAUAAUGUUAUUUAUGAAAAAACCAUAAGAAAAGUAGAGAAGCUAAAUAUGGAUCAGGAAUGCUAUCCUCAGGUUCAGUGCCAUCAUCACAUUGUUCAACAGCCCCAGAUCAUCCACUCUCCACACUGUGAACAAUCCCAUUCUAGUCAGAAAAUCCAAACCAUCACAGGAAGUGAUUCAGUUUCUACAAACACUGGCAUUGAACUGUGCCAUGGUGGCUCAAACCAUACACAUGAGCAGGUGAUAAUUCAGGAUGACAGCCCUGAAAAAUUGGAUCCCAAAUAUUUUGGAGAAUUGCUUGCUGAUCUAAGCCGCAAAAAUAUGGAUCUAUAUCACUGUUUAUUAGAACAUUUGCAGAGAAUUGGAGGAAGCAAACAGGACUUUGAGUCUAUAGAUGAGUCAGAAGACAUUGAAUCAUUGAUUCCAAAAGGAUUGUCAGAAUUUACAAAACAGCAAAUUCGCUAUAUUCUGCAGAUGAGGAAUAUGUCUGAUAAAUCUCUCCGACUAGUGCUCUCCACAUUCAGCAACAUACGGGAAGAGCUUGGACAUCUUCAGAAUGACUUGACAUCACUGGAAAAUGAUAAGAUAGGACUUGAGAAAGACUUGGCAUUCAAAGAAACUCAAAUUAAAGAGUAUGAAGAACUCUUGGCAUCAGUGAGAGCUGAUAAUCGCCAACAGCAGCAAGGACGUCAAGACUCAACCUUAAAAUGCCAAGCAUUGGAAGAAGACAAUCUCUCUCUUCGGCAUACGCUAUCAGACUUAGAAUAUAGACUAAAAGAAGUGGAAUACUGUAAGCGUAAUUUAGAGCAAGAGAAUAAAAAUCUUAGAAUGCAGGUUUCUGAGACUUGCACAGGCCCGAUGCUGCAGGCUAAAAUGGAUGAGAUUGGCAACCAUUACAUGGAGAUGGUAAAAAACUUAAGAAUGGAGAAAGAUAGAGAGAUCUGCAAACUAAGGACUCAAUUAAAUCAGUACCAAAAAGAUGUUUCAAGAAGAGAAGGAAGCUGCAGUGACUUCCAAUUCAAGAUUCAUGAACUGACAAGUUUGCUGGAAGAGAAGGAUUCCCUUAUAAAGCGUCAGUCAGAGGAACUCUCGAAGUUGAGACAAGAAAUAUAUUCAUCUCAUAACCAACCCUCCAGCAGUGGAAGGACAACUAUUACAACUAGAAAGUACAGGACACAGUAUCCAAUCCUAGGCCUCUUGUAUGAUGACUAUGAAUAUAUACCACCAGGUAGUGAUACACAAACUAUUGUUAUUGAGAAAACAGAAGACAAAUGGACUUGUCCAUGAAUGAAUCCCCAGCUCAAAGGAAUUUUUUGUGUCUUCAUUAGUACUUUAUUUUUUCAUAACUAAAGCCAAUCAAUAUUUUAAACCAUGCUACAACCCUGCAAGUCUAAUGGAAUUAAUUAGUUAUACAGAUGACAGUUUCUCCAGCCAUUUAUAAGGCCUGAAUCCUAUCACAUUCUUUUAUUCAAUAUAGCAACAUACUAAUUUUUAAAACUCAAUUACAAACUGUAGGACUUAAUCCACUCUUUUUCAAUAGGGUGCUUCCUAGACAGAGUUAAUUUUGUUGGGGUAGACAUUUUACAAGUUAUCUCACUAGAAGUUUUCCUAUGAUAUAGAGACUUCCCUGGUGGUUCAGACGGUAAAGCGUCUGUCUACAAUGCAGGAGACCUGGGUUCAAUCCCUGGGUUGGGAAGAUCUCCUGGAGAAGGAAAUGGCAACCCACUCCAGUAUUCUUGCCUGGAAAAUCCCAUGGACGGAGGAGCUUGGUAGGCUACAGUCCAUGGGGUCGCAAAGAGUCAGACACGACUGAGCGACUUCACUUUCACUUUAGCUGCAGGAGUAAAUACUAUUUUUUAAUGACAACAACAAAAAGCGAUAUUAUUGAAUUAAAAAAAAAGUUUAGUGCAUGGUAUAUACAGAAUAUAUUUGCUUUUCUCAUAUUAAAUCUUGUGAUUAAAAUAGAUGAUUUAUUACAUGUACAAAGGAGUUACAUUUAUACUUCUUUGAGAUAAAACUAAAUCAAAGGUGAUGGUUAAUUUCAUUUAUUAGGGAAAUGGGAUAAUAUUUUUUAAAAUACUUAAAUCUACUAGAUUGUACAUUAUGGUAUUAUGGUUCUAAGUACUUGUCCGUGGCUUAGCAAAUCUGUUCUUUUGAAGCAUAUCAUCCCCAAAUGAGUACACCCACUUUCUUAAAAACAAAUAACACUAUAUUGCAGUAGAGAGUGGAAGGAAGGUGGGCUUUUUUUUAAACUAGUGGUAGACAAAACAACAUUGAAAUACUGUGUAAAAGUGAAACACUUGAUAUCUGUAUUCUACUUGGGAGAAAGAGAUCUUAUCAUAAAAUAUUUAAUGUAUUUUGAAGUUGGUUGAUUAACUGGGUUCUAAUGAUCUUAUAAAGUGAACUAAAGUAUUUUCUAAAUAUAUUAGUAGAUAUGAAUGAACUUUUAAAAUUUCAACCCCUUUGGUUAAAGUUAAGAAUUAGCAAAAAUUAAAAUGUUUAGCACUGAAACAAGUAUACUAUCAAGGGUGAAACAGACCACCAGCCCAGGUUGGAUGCAUGAGACAAGUGCUCAGGGCUGGUGCACUGGGAUGACCCAGAGGGAUGGGAUGGGGAGGGAGGCGGGAGAGGGGAUCGGGAUGGGGAACACAUGUAAAUCCAUGACUGAUUCAUGUCAAUGUAUGGCAAAAACCACUACAAUAUUGUAAAGUAAUUAGCCUCCAACUAAUAAAAAUAAAUGAAGAAAAAUUAAAAUGUUUGUAUUCGACAAAGUAUAGAUUAAGGUAGCAAAUAAAUUUGGAUUUAUAUGUGAAUGAGGUUUUGCACUGAAAUGUCUUUGCAAAUAUCUAUAUAUAAUUCUGUCAUUCUUUAUAUUCUAAUAAUUAUCCAUUAUACUAAGAAACUGUUAAGAUAGGAACAUAUGAGGCACUAUACUGAAUCAGACCACAAAUGAAAAGAAAAAUGUUUUUAAUAUUUAUACAAAUAUUCAAGUUAGUCUUGAUAUGAAGCAAAAAGUCUUAUUUUCUUAAUACUCUGACUAAAAUGUUAAGCUCUGUAAUGUGGGUUGGUACAAUUCUAAUCUUAUUAGUGUUCUGUAACAGAAUGAGCUAUAUAGUCCUUACCUUUUUUCCCUUAGUAUAGGAACAACAAGGAAAUUUCUCCUCUGCUAACUACUCAUAUAUGUAACUGUAACAAAAUUGUUAUCUCCCCAUUAUACAUUAUGUAAGUGGAGGUUUUUAGUAGCCUGAUAGAAAAGUGCUACCAUAGCUGUUUUAAAAUUAGAAUGUGAUUUUCCUAAAAUAUUCAUAUUAAAAUAACAGUGCCCAAAAUUUGGGCUCACUUUAUCCAUGCAUAGCAAGAGAAUGGGGGUUAUAACAAGGUAAUUAUUAUACUUAACAAAGUUAUAUGUAUGUAUUUCUUUUCCAAUUUUUUAUUAAGUUCAAUAGAAACAUGUGAUUGUUUUCCUCUCCUAAGUUUCACACAGCUUAUCUCUGAAAACUGCAGAUAUUGUCAGGUGAGGAAUGCCUGUUUAUCUAAUUUCUGUUCCAGCAUAUUUUACUUUAGAUGUUGAAUGAAAUGGAGACUGUGCAAUGACAUGCAAAGUUAAUUUAAGUGCAUAAAUAAAAUAUGUAUCUAUGUGGUUUUUGUGGAAGUCCUAGUAGGAAAAAUGCAGUAUGGAUGUUUAGCUUAGCUGUACAUUUUGGUCAGAAAGUUACUAUUCACAUGAAUACUUAUGUUAGAGCUAACAAGCACCAUAAUAGAAAACUCUGAUGUGGAUUACUAGAGACAACACUUUAACAUAGCUGGACCUCUCAUUGAUGCAGGUUUCUGCUUAAAAUGAGAAUUUCCUCACUUACAAACCUAGUCCUCUAAAUUCCAUAAUUCAGUAAGUUCAUAACUAGAUGCCAUAAAACACUCUUCCCAUUUUUGUAAUGUUUUAACUGUAAUACUUUGUCUUUACAGAAACAGUACAAAAGGAACAAAAUAAAGCUCAAAAAAUUCAUUGCUACCACUCAAUUUAGAUCACUUUAACAAAAAGCCAUUCUCACUUCUCAUUAUUAUAAUCCACAAAGAUAACAUCGUGUAGGCAUAAUACCCGUGAACGUAAAUAAUAAGCUGUGAAAAGACUUACCUGCAAGGUCUCUCUCCCCCACUAGAUACCAUUACUAAAUUUAUUGGAUUUCCAUGGUACUUGUCCAGUAAAAAAUGCAAAAGUACUUUUUUAUCCAUCUUAGGAUAAAUAAAAUAUAUUUAAAAAACAAAGAAUAAACCACAUUUGUCUUAUAAAACCAUUAAUCUUUAGUGACAAAACAAGACAUACCACUUUUGAGCCUACAGAGGAACACUGGAAUAGUAAUAUGACAUAAUUACAUGAUAGCCAGGCAGUCUUGGUAGUCUUGGAUCAGUCUCUUGUAUAUGAAAUAUUAAGUCCAGAGUCUUUAUGUUUGGCUUCCUUCCCAUUUUUUUUAUUAAAGUUUAUGUUCCAGACAUUCUUUAUGUCAAGGGAUAGACUUUAUGACACAUUACUUUAAUAGCUGGUUUGCUAACACAAUCAGUAUUGAAUACUCCUUCCCCAAGUGUGCCAAAAUAUAAUAAAUCAGACCAAUUUCUUAAAAUGGGAGAACAUAUAAGCUUUUUGAAGUAGUUUCCUAAAGGGGUCUGAUGUGCCAGUUAUGUUAUGAUGGGGAGGCUGGGAUCUAGACUGGGUACCUGGGAGUUACAUUAUGGGUUAAAUAGUUCCAAUACUGCCAAUUGGUCCAAAUUUUAAAAUGGAGAUUUCCCUUUGGAAUAGUUACUUGGGUAAUGCUCAAAGAGAGAGUCCUAGCAACUGAAACAAGUCAGGUGAGAACAUUUUUGAGAUACCUAGUGCUAGAGCCUUGACCCUACAAAAUCUAGAAGUUCUUUUAUAGGGCCUCUAGAUUGCCAAUAACAAUAGGCAGUUCCUAUCUAAGAGGUUCCAAGGUUUUAAGAGAACUUUGUUAACCAGUAUCAUAUUUACGGGCUAAUUCUUUUAAUAAGACAGGGUGGAAUUAUCUUGUGAUAUUAUAGGGUUCUAAUCUAGUUCUGCAUUUUCUCUAAAUGAAAUCUUAUGAGUCCUUAGUUUUGAUAGAAUUCCAGUUCUAGCCAAUUCUCAUAAUAAAGGGAAUUAGAAAGAACUGACCAAGAGGAUUGUUUAGUUCCCCUGCCUUCAUGUGAAAUGUCUUCUUUUUCUGGAAGUAAGCAUAUUUAGAACUGUGUGAUAUCUUCCUUUAAAACUAUGCCUGGUAUGACAAAACCCACUGCAAUGUUGUGAAGUAAUUAGCCUCCAAUAAAAAUAAUUGAAAAACAAACAAAAAAAUAAAAACUAUGCCUGGGAUUUACCUCAAAAUAAGCCAGUGAGACAAUAGGGAAUAAAAGUAAACCAAUGAGGUGUAGGUGGGUUAAAGGAGUAAGGAAAAGUAGAAAUGAAUCAAAAUUGACUAUGUAAGUAAUGAUUGUUGCAGUUGGGUAAUGGCUAUAUAGGGGUUCAUUGUAUUGUAUAUGGUUGAAAGUUUUUUUGCAAUAAAAGUUAUGUCAUAGGUUUCUUUAAGGGAAGGUCAAGGUUCAAACUGGUGGUUUUCCUGUAUGAGACAUGAAUUGAAUUUGAGAGCUCUACCUGAAUAAUUCUUAAUAUUUUCCUCUCUAUCAUGGUAUAGGCCACUUGGAAGUAACAAUCAGACAAAUCCAUUUCCACAUAAUGAUCCUGAACUGUUCUAGAAAAGUGCCUAUUCUUUUAGUAAUUCCAAAAUGAUUCCUCCUUCUUGUGAAGGUACUUUGACUUCAUUUUUUUGUCAUAUAAAAUAGGCCUGUCCGGGUAAAAUCUGCAUUUUUAAAGGCAAUCUCUUGUUUGUAACAUGGGCUGAAUUCUUACCUGUUCUAUCUUGGCUGAGGUUUUCUAGAUCCAAUUAAUAAGAGAAUCCAUUUGCUUUUCUUCAGCCCCACUGUAGCCAUGAAUGAAUGGAAUAACCUCUUCACAUGGCUCCCUGCUUCCCCUGACUUCUCUACAAUACAUUCUUCGCACAGCUUCCAAAAUGAUCUUCAAAAUGUAAAUCACAUCACUCCUUUCCUUAAAACCCUCUGACUUCUUAUUUCAAAUUCUCACAGGUCUCAUCCAUUCCUUUCACCAUGAUGCAGCCAAAGCUUGUACCAUCUCAGGUUGUCUGUAUUUGCAUGUUUCUCUGCCUUGAAUGCUCUUGCACAAGAUCUUCACAUGACUGGUUUCUUCUUGGCACUCAAGUCUCAGCUCAAAUGCCAAGUCCUCAGUAUGGAUUUCCUCAUUAUACUCACUCGAAAUUGUUUAAGCAAAGCUGCCAAAGUGUACCAGAAUUACAUGGGGGGCUUUGUCUAACACCUCACUAUUUCUAUUGGUGGUUAACACAUUGGCAGCUUGAUAGAAAUGCAGAAUAGUAGACCCCAGCCCACACCUAUUGAAUUAGAAUAUGUAUUUUAACACUAUCCCUAGACAAACUAUAGACAUUGAAGCUUAAAACAUUGGUCUAACAUGUAAUGGCUUUUUCUCUUAGUGAUCAUUAAAGAAUAAUUAACCCAACUGACAGAGUCUUAAGCAACAGUGCUAUAUAUCUAGGUACAUGAAUUCUACUGAACACUGACUACUAUGCUCAUUUGCAGAAUCUUUCCCAAAGCCUUGACUUAAUGAAUGUAUAUUGGUCUAUGGGAACAUAAUUAGAUUCAUUUUUUAGGAUCAUGUUACUUAGAUAGGCUAAGAAUUUUUAGUUUUUCCUAUAAUACUAAGUCUCAAGUCUUAAGAUGAGCAACUUUAAAGCAUUCCAUCAUGGUUUUAACAAAAAAUUUUGAGGAAUAAUCAUGUUAUAGCCAUCAUAACUGUUUAAAUUCCUAGCUCAUGUUGUUAAUGCACAAAAUUCUAUAAAACAUUAAACUGCAGACAAAAAAUGCCUAAGAGUAAUUUUAAGUAAAAAGUCUUUUUACUUAAGUAAAAAGUCUUGAAAGCAAGAAUAGACAUUAUAACACAACUUUAAAUAAACUCAUAAAGCCUUUAUGCACAAAAUUCUAUGAAACAUUAAA